UUUCAUAAUCAGUAUGAAAUUACAGUUUGCUCAUUCAACAUGCCAGACAUUCGACCGCUGCCGGAGGAAUUGCAAAAAAAUGCAAUCACAGAAUUGGGAGAAGUACCAGAGAGAAUUGCCGAGGAUCUGAAUGUUCUCAAGGCAUGGAUACGACAACAGCCCCACUUGAAGGCCUGCAUGGAAGAUCAAUUUCUAAUACAAUUUCUUCGUGGCAGUAAAUAUAGUUUGGAAAAGGCAAAAGAAAAACUAAACAAUUUCUAUACGCUCUCGGCGAAAUCACCACAUUUGCGAUCUAUGGAAGAUGUAGAUAAUCCAAUAUUUCGUAAGAUUCAUAGAACUGGAUGUCUUAUCCUCCUACCGACACCAUUGAUGGAGCAUGGUCCCCGCAUAAUAGUCGAGCAAGUGAGUUAUGAGCCCUACGAGUUUACAAACACCGAAAUCUCACGUUACAUCUGGACCAUGGCGGAAAUUGUGCUACAGAGCGAUCCCUAUGCCUGCGUUCAAGGUUUGGUCAUUGUUUCGGAUUUAUCCAAAGUGACAAUGCAACAUUUGCGUCAACUGACACCGAAAAUGAUACUGGAGGUGAUGCGGUUCAGCGAAAAGGCAUUGCCGUUGCGCAUCAAAAGGCUAUUGAUUUUAAAUUGUCCAUCUUUGGUGAAGACUUUGCUCAAUUUCGCUCUGUCAUGUUGUUCGGAAAAGUUGCGCAAGCGAAUCCAUAUCUCCAAUGGCAAUAAUAUUGAAAAAUUCGCCGACGUUUUUCCCAAGAAAUAUCUUCCGCGAGAUUUUGGCGGCGAAAACUCUUCACUGGAAAAUGCUUGCAGGGAAUAUGAAAAAGUCAUCGAUGAGCAUCGAGAUUAUUUUAAGCGUAAUGCGGAGUGCGGAAUCGUUGAAAGAUUGCGAAGAAAGAAAAAUUAAUGUUUAUUUUUUGUUUUAAUUUCUAAGUUUAUUUUGUAUUUUCACCAAGUGGUCCUGAUUUUAAAGGUUCCGCAAUCCAAAGUUUUUUAUUCCCUCAACCAUACAUAGUAUGGAGGGUAUAUAUAGUUCGUCAUUCCGUUUGUAACUCAUCGAAAUAAUAAUUUUAGAUUUAUGUAUAUUCUUGAUCAGGGCAAAAUUCUAAGACGAUUGAGCCCUCCCUCUAGGCCUACGAUAUUCGUUAUUUUAAUGAUUGUAUCCAAAUUGUUGAAUGGAAUUGUAUGAAAAUUCACACCUGAAAUUCGUUCUGAGCACUUUACCCCCUGGAACUUGGAAAAUUAAAAAAAUCUACGAACAAUUAAAAAAGUAUCAGCCGGUUUUACUGACAUUUGUAAACCCUCAACCAA